AUGAGUGGGAGCGAAGAGCAUCGAGAAAAGUCCGAUGCUCUCACACUCCAGCUUUCGAGGGCAUCAACUUUGGUGGAGCGUCCUUCGAACACUACGGCUCCUCAUCAGUUUUUCGAGGGCAGAGAGUUCUAUGAUCCUCAUGCAGCCUGGACACCGCAAGAGGAGUCGAGAGUCAAGCUGAAAACCGACAUACGACUCCUUGGUUGGCUUUCCGUCAUGUUCUUUGGGAUGCAACUGGAUGAUACGAGUAUGUCAAACGCGCAAGCCGACAACAUUCUGCAUGACCUCGGAUUUACCAUGACCGAGUACGGUAAUGGCAUGAUGAUCUUCCGUAUCUGCUUUCUCAUUAGUGGUCUACCUGGUCAGCUAAUUGCGAUGCGUUAUGGGCACCGGUACCUCUUUCCCGGAUUGAUGUGCGUAUGGGGUGCCGUUUCCAUGGCUCAAGCGUGGAUGGGGAAUGAAACUGGAUUCUAUGUCACCAGGGCUUUGAUCGGGACGUGCGAAGGAGCUUUUGGGCCAAUGGCAGUGAUGUUCCUGGCAGACUUCUACACCAAUACCGAACUGGCGUUCCGAAUAGCAAUAUUGGCUUCUGGGGUCAAUAUUGCGAAAGCCUUGACCUCCCUUGAAGCUGCUGGAAUACUCAAGAUGCGAGGUGUAGCUGACAGACCAGGCUGGUUUUGGUUGUUCCUGAUUAACGGCUUGUUGAUCUUUUUGAUUGGUCUUAUGGGUAUGUUCUACUUACCUGCUGGGCCAACAAGGACUCAGGGAGUCUUCUGGAGAAAGCCAUGGUUUACGAACAGGGAGCAAGUGAUCAUAAUCAAUAGGCUACUGCGAGACGACCCUUCGAAAGGGACGAUGGGGACUAAGACACGUACGAGUGUACGUGAUGUUUGGGACACUUUACGAGAUCCAGCUCUGAUCGGCUUUUGGGUUUGUGCUUCAAUAAUUUACAUUCCAAGAAGUCCCGUGUCAUUGUAUCUCGUGCUAAACUUGAGACAACUCGGUUUCUCGAAAUUUGCGAGCAGCGUAUUGACAAUACCUUCUGACUUCCUUCGCGUCAUCACAAUGCUUGCACUGACGCGGAGUAGUGGGCAUUUUAAAGAGAACGCAUUUCACUGCAUGCUUCCACCGCUGUUAGAUAUACCAUUGUUCACGACUCUAUUGCUACUACCCUCGCAUGGCUAUGCUUGGGCGAGAUUUGCGAUUCUCACGCUCAUCAUCGGCGCACCCAAUUCUCAUCCGAUCAUCACAUCGUGGAUUGCCUGCAACAGCUUCGACCCCAAGAAACGUGGUAUAGCUAUUGCUCUGUUCAGCACAAUACACGAGAUUGGCAGUGUCGCGGCCGCACAAAUCUACAGAGAAAAGGAUAAACCAUACUAUUACCAAGGAAACAAAGUUCUCGUAUCGAUAUGUGCGGCGGCUGUGGUAGCCACCCUUCUGCACAGAGAGGCGCUCAGACACAUCAAUCGGAAAAAACAAAGGGCGUGGAAGAAUCUGAGUGAGGUUGAGCAAAGAGACUACGACCAAAACAAAGGGCAUAGUAUUGGAAACAAGAGUCUAACCUUUAGGUUCCCAUACUGA